UUAUAACUAGACUAAAUAUUUGGCUUUGCACAUGAAUAUAUGAGGAAAACAUAAAUGAUGUCUGAUAUGAACGGGUUUAGUGAAGUCUGUUUUUAGUCGUUAAACUCUGUUAUGGUCUGCUAAGUCUUGCUGAGUUGGCUUUUGUUAAUUAACAUAUGUUAACUAUAGCCAUAAGUCGGUUACUUCAGAGUAUAUAAGACUCUGUAAUCUUGUAUUCAAAGACAGUUAUGAAAUCAUAAUGACUUUGUGGAUUGUUUCUUCUCAAUUCUUCUUCUCGUUUUCUCUGUAAUUCUCCUGUUUACAGACAUAGCUAGGUCAAGGUAGAAAGGUGGUUAUCAAUUAGCAUCGGAGCAAUCCCUCCAAACUAUAGUCAACUGUUCCCUUCUUAUGCAUGCUUCGUAGACAAACUCGUGCUACUGCUAUGGAUUCUCGUCUAUUAACAAUCGAAGCAAAUCUGGAGCAGCUGUCAGUUGCAUUUUAGAAACUUCAUUCCAUGGUGGAUGGAGAUAACAUUGAUUCCAAACUCUCAGCUGGAUUCGAGAAAUUAUAUGUCGUGAUCUACUCAAGCAAAAGGACGUAGAUCAAGGUCUGGCAGAAGACAAUGAUAGAUCUGAACUAGGUCUUCUUCGUCCUCGCUGCAGAUCUGAAGUAUAGGACAACCGCGGAUCAAAUCAGAGAACUCCUUUCCAGAAAAUUGAUUUUCCACGAUUUAUGGAAGGAGAAGAUCCAUUAGUCUGGAUACACAGGGCCGAGCAAUAUUUCUUAUUUUAUGUAACACCGAACCAUCAUAAGGUAGUGGUGGCUUCGUUUAAUCUCGAAGGUGAGGUGUUUCAGUGGUUCAGGUGGAUGAACAGCCUUCAAACCACACCAAGGUGGGAAGAUUUUACUAUUGCUCUAUGUAAGGAGUUUGGUCCUUCAGAGUUCGAGGACAGUGCUGAAUCCUUGUUAAAAUUGAAGCAAAUUGGAAGUUUGGCUACAUAUGUUAGUGAAUACAGAAGAUUGGCCAACAGAACUCCUGGUGUGAGUCCAGGCGUAUUGAAAAGCUAUUUCCUGGGAGGAUUAAAGCCUGAGCUACGUUAUGAUGUAAAGCUGCUCAAACCAGAAACCAUUCAUGAUGCCAUUGCAAUUGCUGUUCAAUUGUAUGCAAAGUUGAGGCAUUUCAGAACCAAUGCAAGUGAGUCUAGUUCCGGUACCAGGAUCGCGAAUCCGGAGGAGGGUGCCAAACAUGGAUGGACCCCUAGAGAGUUGACAUCCUCCAUAAUAUGGGGAGGUGCUGCCAAAAUUUUCGGUGGUGUGAUGGUUGAAUUUAUUAUGUUAACUCUUAGGACUUAUAAUGGAGUAACUAGCCUAUUUGUAUUACAUUUGGGAGGUUCUGAUGUAGUUUUGGGAGUUCAAUGGCUAUCCACGUGA